AUGGGAAAAUAUGAAUUAAUUCGCCACAGACUUGGUUUGUUUUUGAAUGAUGGUGUUGAUUUGUUUCAUGUCAGUGGCCACUAUUGCACUGAGAGGACAUGUAGUGAUAUGCGAGUUGGUACCGAAGGGGAAUACAUGUGGGUAGAUAAUGGCAAAUACUUAACACUCCCAGCUUCUCAGUAUACACAAAAUGCUCUCAAUUGGGUUUCUGAGACAUUAAAAAACAAUGAAUUGUAUCCCACUGUGGAGGACAACACACCAAAGGAUGCCUUGUUAUUUAUAUACAAUAAAAUUUUAAUACGACUGAGCAGAAUACUUGGACAUUAUAUCACUUUACACCCAGAAGCUGAUGAUGAUAAGGAAGUGGAUGAAAAGACGGGAAAGACUAAACAUGAUUAUUUAAUGAAGAUGGCUGAGGACUUUUUGGAAAUGGUCAAAUUUGCAAAAGAAAACAAGUUUUGGAAUGCUUACAAAAACAUUUUAAUUCCUUCCGUCACAUCAGAAUACAUCAAAAAGUGGCAAACUGAUUUGUAA